GGUGAGCCAUUCAUUCGCCUGCUGUCUGCUGUAAGAGUAGCAAACAAAUUCGUUCGCCCGGAUAUUCGCAUAACCGAGUGGUUUUAACAAAACCAUGCCUGGGGAGCUAAUGGAGUACACGCUGGCGGAGGUGGCACUGCGCAAUGGGAAGCAGGCUGGCAGCCCGACCUGGAUCGUGAUACGGGACGCCGUGUACGAUGUGACGCAGUACAUGGAGGACCAUCCGGGCGGCAGCGAGCUCAUCAGCGAGUGGGCCGGCAGGGACGGGACGAAAGAUUUCGACGACUUUGGCCACUCGGCGGAUGCGAUGCGGCUGCUGAAGACGCUGCAGGUUGGCGUGCUCGUUGCGAGCGAUCAGGCAAAGAAUCGCAAAAAGAAUGCCACAGAUGGCCCGAAGGAGCUGGUGGAGCAACUAUCACCGGAAGAGCUAAUGAAGAAGCGACGCAGCAAGCGGCGAAUGUUUAUCCUGUGCGGUUGAGGCGUUAAGUGGAGCGGGUGUGGGAAAGUCUUCCAUAUUAAUACCACUAUGUGAUAUCUAGUUUUAAGUACAUUAA